AUGACAGCUAUAACUAGUACCAACGAAUCGUUUAUGAUGAGUAGUAGUCAACGUUCGGCUCUGAGCGCCAGCCAGAGCCACAAGACCCUGGGUACCGGGCCUCUGUGGGGGUCCGAUGACCUUGGGGAUAAGAAGGGAGAUCCGCCGCAGCGGCGGCUCUCCGUCCGUACUAGGGGCAUGCAGUGGGAUGCCGUACUCUGUGGCCAUACCCUCUACGUGGCGGUACCGGAGUGCGUGCUACCCAACGGCUCACGCGAGGGCUUUGUCGCUCUUUUGGAAGCUGCCGAAGAGGAGCUGGAGUGCAAACAUGUUAUAGUGGUUUUCUCAUCGGAGAGGAAGGACGCUACUGAAUUGACAAGGACAUUCAUGUUCUUCGGAUUCGGAAAGUUGGCACCCAGUUCUCCUCUGAUUCCUCGCUCUUAUGCAACUGGACACGUUUGCAUGUUAUACAACAUCGAGUAGUCACCCAGUAACACAACCUCGUUUUCAACAACCUUUUUAAAUUAUCAUAAAUAUAUAGAUAAUUACAGUUGAAAACCUGUAUAAUUUGUAAAUAUAGGUCACGUCUUUAGAUUUAACAUUUAAAACAUCACAAUCACUUAUCAUUUUUAGAUAGAUUUAAUGUUUAGGUGUAUUUCUGUUAGAAAAACGAGGGGCAGUUUCCACAAAAGCGACAAAUUCUUAUAUGUAAUUAACCCUAAUAUGGACAUAAAAUUAAAAAAAAAUACAAAAAAAUAUAAAAUAAAGUAAAGUUAAAACAAUUAAUAAUGGAGUAUUUUUACCUUAUUAACAAUUUUUUAGCAUCAAAAGUUUUUGUGCCAUUAUUGUUUGUUUUUACUAAUUUGUCUUAGUGUUUUGUAGGUUUAGAUCUGGUUUUAAUUUAAACUAUGUUCAUUCCACAACAUUAUUAAUCGUUAGCUUAUAAAUUUCAUUGUAUUAUAUAUCAGAAUAAAAAAAUAUUUCAAUUUAA